AUGGACGGCAAGAUUGUGAACAAUGAUAUGAGGAUCAGGAACCAUGCUGUGCAGACUUACAAUGGGCACGAGCGGGAGGUGUGUGGACUUAAGUGGUCAGAAUCAGGCCAGAAGCUGGCCAGCGGUGGGAAUGACAACCUCCUCCACAUAUGGGAUGUGUCUAUGGCAUCAUCUGCACAGUCUACAGGUCGCACCCAAUGGUUACACAGGCUUGACGACCACUUGGCUGCUGUGAAGGCGCUUGCAUGGUGCCCAUUCCAGAGCAACCUGCUGGCAUCCGGCGCUGGCGUAAAUGACCGAUGCAUCAAGUUUUGGAACACACAAACUGGCGCAUGCCUUAACUCUGUCGACACUGGGUCACAAGUGUGUGCACUGCUCUGGAACAAGAAUGACAGAGAGCUGUUGAGCUCGCAUGGAUUCAUGCAGUAUCAGCUCACCCUAUGGAAGUAUCCGUCGAUGGUUAAGAUGGCUGAACUCAAUGGCCAUACUUACCCUGUCCUCUACAUGGCCCAGAGCCCUGAUGGUUGCACAGUGGCAUCUGCUGCGACAGAUGAGGAACUGCGGAUCUGGAACGUUUUCGGGACUUCUGAUGCUCCAAAGGCUACAGUCUACAGGGGAACAAUUAAUAGUUACAAUCACAUCCGCUAG